AUGUCUUCCGGUAAAAACUCUUCAAAGCAACAAUGGAAUAGUAGUGUGAGGUCAAGAGUGAGCGAUGAAAGCGCGGGAAAAGACAGAAAUUUAAAUGAGAAGUUAGACGAGAUAUACGCCAUGCUCUCUACGCUCAUUACUAAAAGGGAUAUGGACUCAAAAUUGUUGUCACUGAAGGAAGCCAUUACGACAGAAAACAAAGAACUCAUAGACAAAUUAGAAUGGCGAAUUUUUGACCUUGAGGAGGAAAACGAAGGUUUGAAAGUAACGGUCACCAGGCUAGAACAAAAAAUAUCAGUACUGGAGGAUCGCGAGAAAAUACUGAAUCAGACACAAAACGAUCUGGAACAACAAGGCAGAAAGAAUUCUAUCAGAAUCAUCGGGCUGGAGGAUCCAGACAGGCAUGAGAAGGUGGAGGAUUGCGUGAAGAAAGUAGUGGAGUUCCUGGGGACCAAGCUAAAUGUGUCGGUUACGGAGAGUGACAUUGACAUUGCGCACAGGCUUGGCACCUAUCAACAGAAUAAGCCUAGAACAGUUAUUUGUAAGUUCACGCACAGACGUAAAAAAGCAGAGGUUAUUCGAGCCAGGAGGAUCCUGAAAGGACAAAGGUAUUGUGUGUUUGAAGAUCUGACCAGGAUAAAUCAGGAGAGACUGAAAGCGAUAUUCAAUCUUGACUGUGUGAAACAUUCAUAUAGUAUAGAUGGGAAACUGUUUGCCCAGCUAAAAGAUGGAAAGAAAGAAGAAUAA